GCGCAUGCAAUAUAACACAGUGCCCGGUAAUUCAAAUCAAUAGAUAGCGUCGGUAACGUGCACUAAGGCAAAAUUCAAUUUUAAGGGGGAAAAAAGCAACAAUGGCACUAGUUCCUUUGGAUUUUGAGAAAAAUUCCCUCUUUUCAAGGUUUCAGCGUGAUUUUGAGAAAUCCUUUGAAGAUUUCGAGAAAGAAUUAUUCAAGUUGAGUCCAUGGGAACAAGACAAAGAUCCAUUUGAUGUUGCUCAUUUUGGGGAAAACAUGCUAGACCUGGAGAAUCCCAUCGUGGAGGACAAGAAGGGAAAUAAGAAACUGCAUCUGAAAUUUGACUGCAGCCAAUUCAAACCAGAGGAGGUCACUGUGAAGACGAUGGAUGGAAACAAACUAACAGUCCACGCCAAGCAUGAGGAGUCCGACAAAGGGAAGAAGGUCUACAGAGAAUUCACUAGAUCCUAUGUUCUCCCGGAGAGCGUGGACGCGGGAAAACUGACCUCCACUUUGUCCUCAGACGGUCACCUUUGUAUCGAAGCACCUGUACCGCCAUCCACCAAGGCCAUCAAAUCGUGACAUUCUUCAUUCGUUUUUAUUCAAUUCUUUUUUGUGUGUGUUUGGAUAUAUAGUCUCAUAAAUGGGUAAGAAGGCUUACGAGCUCAAAUUGUCCAUCUUUUUUUAUUUGAAUAUAUGUUAGGAGUUAUACUUGAAAAAUCAAUAAACUAUAUAUAGAUCGAAA